AUGGACGUUUGCGUCACGUCCUACGAAAUGCUGAUCAUCGAGAAGCCAAUUCCUUUGAAUGGGUGGCAGAAGUCGCUGAGGUGGGAUGGUGUCGCCUCAGGAGUGGGUGCCGAGCCCCGUGAUGCGGUCAGCAGGCGCUUGAGACCGCCGGGCCACAAGCCACAUGUGAGCGCAUGCCCGGUGGGGGGUUGUCCGCGCUCUGUCAGUGGGGAGGAGUGUGGUGCUGACCGGGCAUCUCUGAUGCGGAGCUCAUUAGCCGGGUCCAACACUAUCCACGUCCUAAUGCAGGAUAGUGGACGAGGGUGUGUAGGCCACCUGGCGAUGGGGCAGCUCCGCUUCUCUGGACGGCGCAUGCUGGCCCCAUCACUCACAGAGGCACAGCCGCAGAGAGCGCACCUUGAGCUCAAGCCAGUCCGGUAUGAGCCCUCAGUGAUACAGCGGUGA